GCUAAACGACAGAAGCUAAUACAAUGAUUUGAUUAUAACUUUGAAAUUGAGAAGUGAGAACUAUUAUUGUUGCUUUAUAUGAAUCACUAGUUGUAAACUUUCUCAAAUAUUACAAUUAUUCUCUUGAUGCUUCUCACUGCAGUUUCAAGGAAGAGGAAUAUUGUUCUCUCGAUCUGUUGAAAAACAAGAUGGGUGAAAGGAAUUAAGAAGAUUGUUCACAAGAGUGCGCAUGAGCUGAAAUUAGUUAUUUGUAAAUCUGUUGAAAAUCAUAGAUUGGUGAAGGAAAAAGAUUGUUCACAAUACUUGAGCAUGAGCUUAAAGUAGUUGUUUGUAAAUCUAUUGGAUAUCAAGGUUGGUAAAGAAAGAAGACUGUUUACAAGACUUGAGCAUGAGCUGAAAGUAGUUAUUGGUAAAUCUAUUGGAAAUCAAGAUUGGUGAAAGGAAGAAGAUUGUUUUCAAGAGUGAGUAUGAGCUGAAAGUAGUUAUUCGUAAAUCAGGUGGAAAUCAAAGAUUGGUGACGGAAGGAGACUGUUCACAAGACUUGAGCAUGAGCUGAAAGUAUAUUGGAAAUUAAGAUUGUUCAUACUACUAUCCAUAUUACUUUAUUCUCUCUGCUGAUUGCAAAAAAGAAGAAGAUUGUUUACAAGACUUCAGAAUGUCAGACAGUGGUUAUUCGUAAUUCUUUUGGAAAACAUAUUCAAGAUUGGUGAAUGGAAGAAGAUUGAGCAUGCUUUGAUAGUGGUUAUUUGUAAACCUGUUGGAAAGCAAGAUGGAAAGUUGCUUAGCUGAUUUGGGAAAGGGUUGUGUGGAGAAAUUGAUAAAUGGGGCAUUAGCAGAAUUACGUCAUGUAUUUUGCUUCACAUGCACUGCUAAUGAAUUCAAAGAAAAAAAGAUUUGGUUGGAAGCAAAAAUAAAAACAAUGGAGCAACAUGCUAAAGUGGCAGCAGGAAAUGAUAAAGAUAUUGAAGCUGAUUAUCAUUUAUGGAAAGAGAAAGCUGAAAAGCUCGUUCAAGAGGACACCCAAACAAAACAAAAAUGCUUUUUUGGAUUAUGUCAUGAUUGCAUAUGGCGAUAUAAAAAGGGAAAGGAGCUGGCAAAUAACAUAGAAGAGAUUAAACAACUAACAGAAAAGGGAGGGACAUUUGAAAAUAUUGAAAUCUCUCGCCGUCUUCCGGAUGUUGAACGUUACUCAUCUAAAGAAUACAUAUCUUUUCCAAGUAGAGAUUCAAAAUACAAAGAGAUUUUGGAUGCAAUAAAAGAUGACAACAACUAUAUGAUCGUAUUGCAAGGGAUGGGGGGCACCGGAAAAACUACAUUGGCCAAAGAAGUGGGUAAAGAGCUUAAGUCUGAAGAAUUCGCUCAUGUAAUCGAUACAACAGUCUCAUUUACUCCUGAUACAAAAAAAAUUCAAGAUGAUAUUGCUGGAUCUUUAGGAUUGAAAUGGGAGGAUUGUACUUACUCAGACCGAGCCAAAAAACUAUGGAGCAGAUUAACAACUGAUGAAAAAGUUCUUAUAAUAAUGGAUGAUGUGUGGGAAGGAGGCCCACCUCUUGAUUUCGAACUAAUAGGAAUUCCAAAACAGGACAAUCACAAAGGUUGCAAAGUUCUUAUAACCACACGUAGUAAACGAAUAUCCAAUAUUAUGGGAUGUGAUAAGAUGAUUGAAUUAGAUCUCUUACCUGAAGAAGAAGCAUGGACCAUGUUCAAAAUGUAUGCCGGUAUAAACAAUAAUUCUUCCAAAAGUUUGAUCGCCACGGGACGUGAAAUUGCUAAGGAGUGCAAACAAUUGCCGGUUGCAAUUGCAGUUAUCGCCAAAAGUUUAAAAGGCCAACAAGAUCGUAAGCACAAAUGGGAUACUACCUUAAAAUUAUUGAAGGAAACUGUUUCCAUGGACGAUGUUGAUGAAGAAAAGGUUGGAAUUUACAAAUGUUUGAAGCUUAGCUAUGAUCUUAUUAUGUAUGAAAAAUCCAAGAUAUUAUUUCUCUUAGCUUCUUUAUUCCCAGAAGAUAAAGAAAUUCCUAUUGAAAUUCUAACUAGAAUUGGCAUUGGAACGGGCAUUUUUGGAAAAAAUUACGGAAGCUACAAUGAUGCUAGAAACCAAGUAGGUGUAGCUAAAGAUAAACUCAUAGAUUCAUGUUUGUUGGUGGGGGUCGAUGAAAAACAUGUAAAAAUGCAUGAUUUGGUUCGUGAAGCGGCUCAAUGGAUAGCAUACAAAGAGAUUCGACAUGUCAAUUUGUCGAACAAAGAUGAAAAAUCAUCGGUUGAAAUGGAAAAAAAUAUGAAAUAUUUAUUUUGUGAAGGGAAGGACAUGGAUUUGUCUUCUUGGAAGUAUGAUUGUUCCAAAAUUGAGACUCUAAUUCUCGAUGUGGAAAGGGAUGAAGAUCGUAGAUGUAUGGAAGUCCCAAAAUAUUUCCUUGAAAAUAUUGACCAGCUUCAAGUUUUGUACUUUUCAGGUCAUGACAAACGACCCCUAUCAUUGCCAUAUUCAAUUCACUCAUUGUCAAAGAUUCGAUCGAUACUGGUUGAUGGAGUUGAUUUAGGCGACAUCUCUGUUUUUGGAAAUCUGCAAAGUCUUGAAACUCUUGAUUUGGUUGAUUGCAAAAUCAAUGAAUUACCAGACGAAAUUGCAAAGUUGGGGAAAUUUAAAUUGUUAAACUUGGAAUAUUGUCAAAUUCAAAGGAAUGAUCCAUUUGAGGUUAUUAAAAGAUGCAAAACACUUGAAGAGUUGUACUUCAUUGAUAGUUUUAAUGAAUUUUGUCAAGAAAUUACCUUACCCGAAUUGCAAAGGUAUCAUAUCCGUAAAGGGUGGACAAUGCUUCCUGAUUCACUAUCAAAAUAUGUGUCUUUUAAAAAAUUUGAUGGCAAUAAAUAUGUUUUUUCAAAACAAACAUUCAAGUAUCUCAUGCAAACAACAGAGGGUCUUCAACUAGAGGAAAUUAAGAUGGGAUGGAGAAAUCUCAUGCCUGAGAUUGUUCCUAUAGAUCAAGAUAUGAAAGAUCUUAUAGAGCUACGUCUGAGACGUAUUUCAAAAUUACAGUGCCUCAUCGACACUAAUGGUUCUCAAUUUCUUAAUGUAUUGUCCAACUUGGUUAUGUUAGAACUGGAUGAAAUGGAAAAUUUGGAAGUACUAUUCCAUGGUUCUCUUUCUUUUGACUACUCUUUAAAGAAUUUGGAGAAGGUAUCAAUAAAAGAGUGUAAAAAGCUUCAAAUAUUGUUCAAUUGCAAGCUAAAUCUCUGCAAUCUAAAGACUUUGUCACUGUCAGAUUGCCCAUUAAUGGUUAACCUCUUUCCACUGUUAACUUCUCAGAGCCUGGUGCUGCUAGAGGAAUUCAAGAUAGCAGAUUGUAAGGGAUUGAAAAACAUAGUAAUAGAUGAUGGUGAUAAUAAUGACAUGAGUCAUGGAGCAAUGUAUCCAAAACUAAGCUUUCUUUCUAUUGUAAGUUGUGAUCAAUUAGAAUCAAUAUUUCCUUUCCUCUCUUUUGAAGACUUUCCAGUACUAGAAGUUAUCAACAUAAAAAAAUGUGAUAAGCUACAAUAUAUAUUUGGCCAAUAUCAACAUGUUGAACUCAAUUCAUUGAAAGAAAUAAAGCUUGGUGAAUUACCAAAUUUCAUGGGUAUUUGUCCAGAAUAUUCUCAUUCCAUGUCAUCGCUCAAGAAUGAGUCAUCUUCCACUUCUAGAGAUGGUUCCAAGGCACAAACACAAGUGGACCCUAUCAAAUGCAACAUCUUAUCUUUGAGUUGUUUAUGUUGUCAUGGUAAUAAUUAUAGAAAAAAAUCUGGGAGUAAGUCAACUACUAAAGUUCCAUCAGUUAAUGAGGAUCCAAUGCAGAAUAAUUCAUCAGAAUCAAUAUCAAGUUCACACCAUCUUCAAAUAUGGGAACGUGCACAAUGUUUUCCAGUACUACCACAUAUCAUGUGCAAUGUAAAAGAGCUUAAGUUGUCUGGUCUUUUGAAGAUAAAAUCUGUGUUUAUCCUUUCUAUUACUCCAAGAAUGUUGGUGGAAACUUUGACAAUUGAGAAUUGUGAUGAAUUAAGACACAUAAUACUAGACAUCGGAGAUGAUGACAAUGUUGGCAAAAAUUUAAGAAAUGUCUUUCCAAAAUUGAAAAAGCUUUACGUCAACGAUUGCAUGCAAUUGGAAUACAUAUUUGGACACUACACUGAUGACCAUCUACCGGAAUUGGAAGGUGUCACACUUAGCCAUCUGCCAAAGUUUGUUGCCAUGUGUCCUCAACAAUAUUGCCUAACAUUUCCACCUUUGAAACAACUUGAACUCUCAGAAUGCCCCCUGGUUGCUAUCAAAUCUAUUGGUGAAUUCAUUAUUAAUCUUUCAGAUUCCAAAUCUCUUGACAAUACAAUCAUGAAGGAAUUGAGUGGGAGCAUAGAACAUUCUUUUGCCCUACAAAACCUUACAGAGAUAAAAAUCAAGGGAUGUGAAAAAUUGGAAAUAAUUUUCUCCAAUUCCUUUUCAACAUGCCUACCACAAUUGUGCGAUCUAACAAUAGAAAAUUGCAAAGAUUUGAAGCAUAUCAUUGUAGAUGACACGUCAAAUUCUUUGUCCUCAAUGACAGUCUUUCCAAUGCUUAAAAGACUUGUUGUACUAAAGUGUCACAAAUUGAAAUGUGUCUUUCCGAUCUCCAUAUGCAAAGAACUUUCUAGGUUAGAGGUUUUGAUGAUAAUUGAAGCAGAUGAACUUGAAGAAAUAUUCAAAAGCAAUGGUGAUCAGAAAGUCGAGAUCCCAAAUCUAAACCUUUUAGUAUUUGCCCACCUACCAAGCCUCUUCGAUACCCAAGGAAUUCAUUUUAUGUUGGUAAAAUUUCGUUUAGUACGAAAUUGUCAAAAACUCCGCUGUUUGACUUCAUCCUUAGUUUCCAUACUUGUGGCUCGUUAUUAUUUGCAAGAUCCUCAAAUAUUUUCGUAUUUGUUUCAUCGUACCGGUAAUGAAAAUCCAAGUGCAGAAACUACAAAAGAUAGUGUUGGGAUUAAAAUUGAAGCAACAUUCGGAGACGAGUUGACUUCUUCACAGAAGUUGGAGGCUGAACAAUCCACAAGUCAACAAGAUUCGAUAAAUCAACAGCAUCCACUUGGUGAAAUCGAUACUGCCAUCAAACCUUCUCAGUGUUUGAAAGAAACAAAUCACCAAAAUAUUCAAGAGGACUAUAUGUCAGAAAAAACUGGAGCAGCAACUAAGUAUUCCAUUUCUGAAAUAACGAAUGAGCCACCUAUACAAUUAGUUUCUCCUAAUAAACUAAAGGGUGUUGAAGAAUGGGCUGCAUUAAGAAAUGCCAAGACAAUAACAACCUCAACUAAUUUAGAAUUAGUCGAUUCAUCACAAAUGAGUGAACAAGAUGUUGAUGUUAGAUAUUCUCUAGAAACUACCAAGGUUAAUGAUGAUCAAGAUUUUCAAAAUAGUGAACAUGUUGAGAGUCAAUUUCAAAAAUUAGAAGAUACUGGUAAUGAAAAUUCAAGUGCAGAAACCACAAAAGAUGUUGUGGUUGGUGUUGGGACUGAAGUUGAAGUACCAUUAGGGCACAAACUGUCUUCUUCACAGAUAAUAACGAAACAAACACCACAAGCAGAUCAUGAAUUAGCUGAAAAUGUUUCUAAUUUAGAGAUACCGUCAGUUGCAGUAUUGCCAACAAGUUCAAAAGAGUUGGAGAAAGAACAGCCACCAAGUGAACAACGUUUGAUAAAACAACAAGAUCCACAUGGAGAAAUCGAUACUACCAUCAAACCUUUGCAGGAUGAUGAAGAAGAAACUGCAUUAACAAAAGACCCGAGAAUAGCAGUCUCAACUCAUUCAGAGGUAGUUAGUUCAUCACAAGUGAGUGAACGAGAUGUUGGUGUUAGAGAUUCUCUAGAAACUACUACGAUAAAUGGUGAUCAAGUUCCUCUAAAUGAAGAUGUUGUCCUAAAAGCAAGCUCAACUAUUGAAGAAGAGUUUCCUAAGGGUGAUGAAUUUAUUGUUUUAAAAUCUAAGCCCUCUCCAAGAGAUAAUGAUCCGUUGCCUCUUGCAUUUCAAGCUCCUUCAUUGCAUUUUGAAGGGAAUCCUUCUAAAAAAGUGGAAGAUUUAGGUUAUCCUUAUCUUGUCACGCGGGAGUUGGAGGAACUUGUUUCCAAGAAGCAUGUGAAUCAUGAGAACUUGCCUUUGUUGACUGAUUUUUUUGUUAAGCAUCCUUCAGUUCUUUUAAGGGACAUUUCAAUUAGUAACAGAUACAAGGGUUAUGCAUACAACUGCCUAGCUGAGCUAUUGAAAUUCCUCCAAAUCCAUUGUGUUUGGGAUGUAUUAGGUUCAAGUCACUCUGAAUUUGUUGAGUUAUUACAAGAUGUACGCAGAUGUGGUUUUGAUAAAUAUUGGUUGGAUGGUGUUGAAAAACACGCUUUGUUUUCUGAUUUACAAUUCUCUCAAGAUGCGUUGCAAAAUGUUUUGGAUUCCAAGAAACAGUUUACCAAUGAUGUCGAAGUACUGCGUUUCAAAAUAGACAUUUUAACUCAAAAUAUGGAAGAUCUUAAGCAACAAUUGUCCAUCUCUGAAGCUAAUUUGGAGAGAGUCAUUCAACAGGAGAAAGAAAUUGUAGAAUCGAAGGCUGCUUUGAGUGCCCCUCUUGGCUAUUAGAGUAUUUUCCCUUGCAUUGUUUUAUUUCAAAAUCUUGUAGUUUCUGUUGUUAUUUGAAAUGAAUUACUAUCUAAUUAUAUUAAUGUAUUUAAGUAUUGUUAUUGA